AGGUGUUAUAGGAACAUGAGCCAUUUCGUGUCCACGUGGGAUUGUCUGUGUGUGAUGGUCUCUGCCGUAUGCACGAGGUCGGGGUGGAGUGCUUGGUGUGAUUCAUUCUCCAGCCCUGGUCUGACCCUGACCCCAUCCCACUCCCAGGACUACAUCCCCGCAGAGGGUGAGCUGCUGUUCCAACCUGGGGAGACCUGGAAGGAGCUGCAGGUGAAGCUCCUGGAGCUGCAGGAGAUAGACUCCCUCCUGCAGGGCCGCCAGACCCGCCGCUUCCACAUUCAACUCACCAACCCCAAGUUCGGGGCUCGCCUGGGCCAGCCCCACUCAGCCACCGUCAUCAUUGGGGACCCAGACGAACUGGACCAGAACUUCACAAGCCAGACACUGUCAUCGUUCCCUCACCAUGGUGACCUGGGUGCCCCCCAGAACCCCAAUGCCAAGGCUGCCGGGUCCCGGAAGAUCCUUUUCAACUGGCUGCCCCCUCCUGGCAAGCCAACAGGGUACAGGGUCAAGUACUGGAUCCAGGGUGACUCUGAGUCCGAAGCCCACCUGCUUGACAGCAAGGUGCCCUCGGCGGAGCUCACCAACCUGUACCCAUAUUGCGAGUACGAGAUGAAGGUGUGCGCCUAUGGGGCACAGGGCGAGGGCCCCUACAGCUCCUUGGUGUCCUGCUGCACCCAACAGGAAGUACCCAGUGAGCCAGGGCGUCUGGCCUUCAAUGUCGUCUCCUCCACGGUGACCCAGCUGAGCUGGGCUGAGCCGGCUGAGACCAACGGCGAGAUCACGGCCUACGAGGUCUGCUACGGCUUGGUCAACGAGGACAACCGACCCAUCGGGCCCAUGAAGAAGGUAUUGGUGGACGCUCCCAAGAGGCGGAUGCUGCUCAUUGAGAACCUUCGGGAGUCCCAGCCAUACCGCUACACGGUGAAGGCGCGCAAUGGGGCAGGCUGGGGCCCGGAGCGGGAGGCCAUCAUCAACCUGGCCACCCAACCCACGCGGCCCAUGUCCAUCCCUAUCAUCCCGGACAUCCCCAUUGUGGACGCCCGGUGUGGGGAAGACUACGAGAGCUUCCUCAUGUACAGUGAUGACGUUCUACGCUCCCCUCCUGGCAGCCAGAGGCCUAGCGUCUCCGAUGACACUGGCGGCGGCUGGAAGUUCGAGCCCCUGCUGGGGGAGGAGCUGGACCUGCGGCGCAUCACGUGGCGGCUGCCCCCGGACCUGGGCCCCAUACUCUGGGUUCCCAAGGAACCCUCAGCAAACCUCCUUUAUAACCUUUUCCACACUUGA